ACGCAUAUAACAUUUCAAGCUUUCAUGCCAUAGAUAAUGUUUCAGUUUCUAAAACCAAGAUCGUCCAUACCAAAUGCCAUAUCUACUGUGGAGCUCCAAGUCAAUAUGGAUUGCAAAGGCUGUGAGAAGAGAGUGAGAAAAGCCAUCUCCAAGCUAGAAGGAGUAGAUACAGUAGAGAUUGAUAUGGAUAAACAGAAAGUAACGGUAACAGGUUAUGUGGAUCAUGGAAAGGUUCUGAAGGUUGUAAGGAGAACUGGGAGACAAGCUGAAUUUUGGCCAUCUCCUUACGAUGGAGAAUACUAUCCUUUUGCUCUUCAGUAUCUGGAGGACUCAACUUACUCAUCAACUUAUAAUUACUACAGCCAUGGAUACAACUCGAGUGUGCAUGGAUACUUUCCUGAUCCUGCUUACACUGUGAUCAUUGAUGAUGAUGCUGCAGCACUUUUCAAUGACGAUAAUGUUCAUGCUUGUUUAAUAAUGUAAUGAUCACUUACAAGCUUAUGCUGCUUAUGAUAAAUAAUAUGGAAUGAAAGAUUAAGAUAA